CUGCUUUUCCCUCUUGUGUCUCUGAGUCUGUGAGCAGCAUGGCCUCUGAACUCGCUGUCCUCAGUGUGUCGGAUAAGAGCGGGCUGCUUGAUUUCGCCAAGCGGCUGGUGUCAGUGGGGCUGCAGCUGGUGGCGUCGGGCGGGACGGCUAAAGCGCUGCGGGAUGCCGGCCUUUCUGUCAGAGAUGUUUCUGAGCUCACUGGUUUUCCUGAGAUGCUUGGCGGACGGGUCAAAACCCUUCACCCUGCUGUCCACGGCGGCAUUCUGGCCAGACACUCGCCAUCUGACCAGGCCGACAUGGAAAAACUAGGCUUCAGUCUUGUGAGAGUGGUUGUGUGUAACCUCUAUCCAUUUGUGAAGACUGUGGCGACUCCGAACGUGACCGUGGCUGAUGCAGUGGAGCAGAUUGACAUCGGUGGCGUCACCCUCCUCCGCGCCGCAGCUAAAAACCACGCCCGAGUGACCAUUGUCUGUGAUCCGUCCGAUUAUGACCUGGUCGCCAAGGAGAUGGAGUCAUCUGACAACCAUGACACCAGCCUUGAUACCCGCAAGACUCUUGCUCUUAAGGCUUUCACUCACACGGCUCAGUACGACGAGGCGAUCGCUGAUUAUUUUCGGCGCGAGUACAGCCGCGGAGUUUCUCAGCUGCCGCUCCGCUACGGCAUGAACCCUCACCAGGCGCCGGCUCAGAUCUACACCCUGCGCCCCACCCUGCCGCUCACAGUGCUAAAUGGUUCUCCAGGCUUUAUUAAUCUGUGUGAUGCUCUGAACGCGUGGCAGUUGGUCAGAGAGUUGAAGAGCUCUUUGGGAAUGCCUGCAGCCACAUCCUUCAAACACGUCAGUCCAGCCGGUGCUGCUGUCGGUGUUGCGCUGAGCGAGGAGGAGGCCAAAGUGUGUAUGGUGCACGACCUGCUGAAAGACCUCACACCACUCGCUACCGCCUACGCCAGAGCCAGAGGUGCAGACAGGAUGUCCUCAUUUGGAGACUUCAUCGCUCUCUCUGACCCCUGUGACGUUCCCACCGCUAAGAUCAUCUCCAGAGAGGUAUCAGACGGAAUAAUCGCUCCUGGCUAUGAAGAGGAGGCCCUUCGCAUUCUCUCCAAGAAGAAGAACGGCAACUACUGCAUUCUGCAGAUGGACCCAGAUUACGAGCCCGAUGAGCAGGAGGUGAGAGUGCUGUUUGGACUGCACCUCAAACAGAAGAGGAACAACGCUGUCAUUGAUAAAGGCCUUUUCAGCAACAUCGUCUCCAAGGGAACGCUGUCUGAGAGGGCUCUCCGUGACCUCAUCGUAGCCAGCAUUGCUGUGAAGUACACCCAGUCCAACUCUGUAUGCUACGCUAAAGACGGGCAGGUGAUCGGUAUCGGUGCCGGACAGCAGUCUCGGAUCCACUGCACUCGUCUGGCGGGUGAUAAAGCUGACAACUGGUGGCUGCGGCACCAUCCCAGAGUGCUGGGCAUGAAGUUCCGCUCCGGGGUCAAACGUGCUGAGAUGGCCAACGCCAUCGACCAGUACGUCAGCGGCACCAUCGGAGAGGGUCCUGACCUGGCCGUGUGGAAGGCUCUGUUUGAGGAGGUUCCUGAGCCUCUAUCGGAGACUGAGAGGAAGAACUGGCUGAGCUCUCUGCAGGCUGUAGCUCUCAGCUCUGACGCUUUCUUCCCCUUCAGGGACAACGUCGACCGCGCCAAACGGAGCGGUGUUGAGUACAUUGCUGCCCCUGCUGGCUCCACUGCUGAUGAGGUGGUCAUCAAUGCCUGUAACGAGCUGGGCAUUACUCUGGCGCACACCAAUGUGCGCCUUUUCCACCAUUAAAAAAAAAAAGGGGUCCUACACCAGCACCCCACCAUGACCCCACCCUAGACCCAAACUCCUUAACAUUUUCCAAGUAGGGCCGCAUGAAACGAAAGCAUAUCAGGAUACCAUAUGGAGAUCGGUAACAAUUUUGCAUUGGUGAUGUGAAUACAAUGUAGUUAAAACUGAUGUGGUGAUGUUAAAGACUAGCUUGAGUUAGGUUUAAAGCACAAAUGCUGGCUCAUCCGAAUGCUUUGAUGAUCACAGCAGUCAGUAAAACUCACUGAGUUGGUUCAAAGCUCAUUUGCACAUUGCAGCCUUCUUCAAUACCAGGAUUUCAAAGGUCAAUAUCGCAAAACCGAUUGAAACAAUAUAUUGUGCAGCCCUACAUAUUAACCCUUAAUGUUCACCUAAUUGGAUUCCACAUAGCAUUAACAUAACUACAUUCUUUGGAGUAGAACAGGCAGAUCUGCCACCAUGGAGCUCUUUCCCUAACAGCCUUUCUUGCACUAACUUCGGUCCAUGUAGUGUUGAUACAUUCCCUAACGUCUACUCAGAACAUUCCCUUUUUCUACUGUAGUAAAGCACCUUCGAGUGAUGUCAAAAUGCCUUUAGAUUGAGUUAAAUGGUACAGAUCUUUAGCUGACACUGCGUUCCACUGUUCCGCAUUCCACUCUGUACUGCCUCUAGUGUCCGAGAGCCAUCGCGGCUGAAACUGAAGAGACGGAAUAAACAGUUUUUCAAAGA